AUUCUCUAGUCUUCCCUUUCUUCUUGUAAUGUUAUUUUCUAGAGGUUUUUAUUUCAUUUCGAGGUUUUGAAUUCUAUGCUCGCUUCAUCAACAAAAUUCCAUGUUUCUAAAGCCUAUUCUGCUAAGUUAGCCGUUAAAUUAAAUUCGACGGUCCUGAUUCGGCGGAUCAUAUAUAGGUUGUCUGCGUCAAACUGGGCCCAUUGUGGUUAUAUCUCGGGACACUCUAGUAGCCGACAUCGUAUGUCUUUGAAGCCAAGUUUUCAACAGAUAAAUUUUUAACCGUUGGCAGUCUUUUUUCUUUCAAAAUCUUGAAAACUUCCAUUUUGGUCCGAACAUAUAUAUUCCUACGAAUUCGCAGAGCUCCCCAAAAUGAGAAUGAAUGAAACUUGUGGGUUUCUGAACUUCACUCUCUAGUAAAAGUAACGAUGAUUAGCUCCUAUGGUGGUUGAGGAGUCUCUUUCGGAUUUGCAAAAGGGUUGCUUUCUGUGAGGUUGAUGAGCUUGUUUUCAUUAUCCCCAUUUCAUUUUUCAAUCGUUUUUUAAUAAAUUCGAGCACUCAAUUUGUCCCGGUCCACAGUAUUUGCUGUCAUACGUCGCGUCUGCACUGACUUACAAAAAAAAAAAGAACCUACAGCUAUUAUAUCUGAUGGGUAUGCCCAUAUAAUCUGGACUUCGAUUUUCUGGGUGAGAUGCUCAUUUGCUGCUUUCAUUCAGUUAGUACAAGCAAUUUGUAGGCAACAUUUUUAAUUCCAUUGGGCUCCUUUGUCUCCAUCAAUUUGCUUUAUUCUGUUGGGGGAGCUGGGUCUGUAGGGACAUCACUUUGAGGUAGCGCUGGUAUCCAGUGUGCUGUUAAGAAAAUGAACAAGUGUAACUUGUACGGACAACUCGGCUGUGUGAGGGUGGGAAUAUAUGAAGCUUCACACAGCAGUUGCCAUUGCUUAUCUCAGCAGCUUGAUUUGGAUUCAACAGAUUCAUUGUGAUGAACUUUCUGAUACUUCUGGCAUAAACAAAUGGAUAUGUAAAUGUUCUUAUACAUAUCAAGGAAAUCAUAGUUAUGCUGUUAAAUCCAACUGUUCUACAUCAUGUGAUUGCAUUCCAGAUUCUGGAGGAAAUGGGAGCACAUGGACGUGUACAUGUACUGCCAAAGGGUUCCCUAAGUUAGCUUCUGAAAAUCUUGAUACCAACUGUUUUACAGCCUGCCAAUGCACUUAUGGAUCUCUCAGCAUGGCGCGUGUCUCAAAAAAGCACAUUUCAAGCAAAGUUGUUGUUAUUAUUCUGUUACUGUGUGUUAUUCUCACAACUUUUGCAUUUCUGGCCUCUGCCUUGUGCUACAUCUAUCGAAGGGACAAGCGCCCUAUUCAAGCACCAAUGGUCUCAUCUGAUAAAGAAACAAGUUGUAAUAGUGCUACCAACUUAUUAAGUCUUAGGACUUCUUCAGCACUGGAAAGUGAAACUACUAUAGAUUUCUCCAUAAGUACUUUCACAGGAUGCUUUCAGAACCCUUCUUCAUUAUUUAGAAACAGAAGAUGGAAUAUACAUGGAACUAUCAUCCAAUUUUCAUAUUCUCAGUUGGAAAGCGCAACCAAAAAUUUCUCAAACUCUAAUCUUAUUGGAGUUGGAGGAAGCAGCUAUGUUUAUCAUGGUCAGCUCAGAAAUGGCAGAACUGUGGCAAUUAAGCGACUAAAAACUUGGGGAGAACCAGAUGCAGAAUCUCUAUUUUUAACAGAGAUUGAACUACUAUCCAGACUUCACCAUUGUCAUGUGGUGCCUUUGCUUGGCUACUGUUCAGAAUCCUUUGGAAAAACUACUGAGAGGCUGCUGGUAUUUGAGUACAUGCCUAAUGGUAAUUUGAGAGAAUGUUUGGAUGGGAACUCGGGGAGAGACAUAGAUUGGGCUACUCGAGUUGCAAUUGCAAUUGGAGCUGCAAGAGGCUUGGAAUAUCUUCAUGAAGCAGCCGCUCCAAGGGUUCUGCAUAGUGAUGUCAAAUCAACAAACAUUCUCCUGGAUGAUACUUGGAGAGCAAAAAUAACUGAUCUUGGUAUGGCUAAAUGCUUAAGAGCUGAUGGUCUCCCCAGCAGUUCCAAUUCUCAAGAAAAAAUGCUAGGGACUUUUGGCUAUUUUGCACCAGAGUAUGCUAUUAUAGGAAAAGCCUCACUCAAAUCAGAUGUUUUCAGUUUUGGGGUAGUUCUUCUUGAGCUUAUUAGUGGUCGGAAGCCCAUAUAUAAAUCAACCAACAAAGGAGAAGAAAGCCUUGUCAUAUGGGCUACCCCUCGUUUACAGGAUAGAAGGCGAGUAAUUAUGGAGUUGGCUGAUCCAUGUUUGAAUGGGAAUUUCCCGGAAGAAGAGAUGCAGAUAAUGGCCUACCUAGCAAAGGAGUGCUUACUAUUGGAUCCCGAUGAUCGGCCAACCAUGAGUGAGGUUGUUCAAAUUCUCUCAACUAUGGCACCACAGAAAUCUAGAAGGAGAAACAUUCCUUUAUAUUUUUACCAGAGGUCAUCCCCACAAGGGAUAAGAAGUGGUUCACACAUUCAGAGACCUAACAACCAAGUGGAGAAGAAGCCAGUCCCAUCCAGUAAACGGUCUUCCCAAUGCUCACUACAAUUGUCAGCAGGUCCUAUUGAUGUUGAGGAAGCAAGGCUAGCCCCAUUAACUAAAGAGUCAACUUCGUGUUACCUGCCAGUAGAUGUUGACGGUAUUCUGCGUAGUGAAAACAGCAGUAAGGAAGCAGAUUCCAUUUCGGCCAACUAUAUUCAGAGCCUGAUACUCUUGAGUGCCAGUGUUAGGAGUUGCCGUGCCUCGGAUGAUGAGAUGGUCGACUUAACUGAACCACGGUUCGAAUCAUUCUGUAUGUCCAAUAUCAAGACCACUUGACGAAAACAACCCGACUUGUGCAGGGGGUUUUGGGAAAAGAGGAAGAAAACUCCACGGUUAUUUGGUGUACGAGUUCGUUGAAAUACAUUAUCGGUUGUAGAUUGCACAAGAGGAUAUCAAAGAGAGGAAGCAAACAGAUAUUUUCUGUCCUUUUUUUCCCUUUGCUGUUUGUGUUCUUUCCUUUGAAGAUCCUGUCACAGGCUUUUUCUUAUUAGAAAAUCAUACACGUUUAUUUGUUGUAGUUAAUGUAUAUAUUGCUCGUGCAUGUAAAUGAAGAGGAACCAUAGAAAAUUCACAUGGUAUGGGUUCAGUUCGUGAAA